AUGGUGGCGACGCGUGCGGGCGGUCAGAACACACACAAGAAGCUGAAGUUCAACGACAAGCUCAUUGGCAAAGGCCUUUCCACCGAUGCGCUAGUGAAAAAGCUGAAAAGUCUCCAUACUGAGCUGGCCGAACUCGACCAGGAACUUGUGGACGUCAAUUCGCUCUCUGCCGUCCGGAAGGAACUUGUCAAUGCCUCUAUCUUGCUGCAUAAGGACCGGGGCGUUAAGGCGUACGCCGCCUGCUGCCUGGCAGACAUCCUGAGGCUCUACGCGCCGGAUGCACCCUACACGCACACGGAACUACGGGAUAUCUUUCAAUUCUUCUUCAAGCAACUCACGGCUGGCCUUCAGGGUGCCGACUGCGCCUACUACAAUGAAUAUUUCCACCUGCUAGAGUCUCUCUCGACCGUGAAAUCCGUUGUCCUGAUCUGCGAUCUUCAGAGCGCCGAUGCGCUCAUAACCGAGGUGUUUCGUGCUCUCUUUGGCAUCGUCCGCCGCGAUUUGCCCAAGAAGAUCGAACUUUUUAUGGCGGACAUCUUGGUUGCAUUGAUCGACGAGAGUCAGAGCAUGCCAAGUGAUGCGUUGAAAGCACUCAUGGCUCAAUUCAUGGAUAAGAAUACACGCAUGGAUCAGCCCGCAUACCGACUGGCUGUUCAAGUAUGCAACGCCACCGCAGACAAACUGCAGCGGCAUGUCUGCCAGUACUUUUCGGAAAUCAUUAUUGACAAUUCCGAGGACGAGGAACUGGAGCAAAUCGGGGCGGCCCAUGACCUUAUUAAGAAGCUCAACCAUUCAUGUCCAUCCCUCCUACACAACGUGAUCCCGCAGCUAGAGGAGGAGCUCAAGGUCGAGCUCGUUUCCUUACGUGUCAUGGCUACGAAGGUCCUCGGGGAAAUGUUCGCGGACAUAAACGGCCCUGAUCUGGUCAGGAAGUAUCCUAGUACUUGGCAAUUCUGGCUAUCGCGGAAGAAUGACCGGACGCCAGCGGUUCGGCUAGCGCUUGUCGAGGUGGCCAAGGGUUUAAUUUCUCAGCCCCCGGAAAUUCAUAGGGCGAUUGAAGAGGCAUUACAAUCGAAAUUGUUGGACCCGGACGAGAAGGUGCGCGCAGCGGUGUGCAGGGUAUAUGGCCAACUCGAUUACGAGACGGUGGUGCACCAUGUAUCGGAAGAGCAGUUAAGACUGCUUGCCGGCAGAGGUGCUGACAAGAAGCACUCGGUCCGGUCUGAAGCACUGAAUACACUGGGACAUCUCUACGGCCUAGCAUAUCCCGAAAUCGAGAAUAACGACCCACGAGCAAUUAGUCAUUUCUCGUGGAUUCCUCAAGAAACACUCCACCUUCUGAAGCUUGGUCCAGAAGUCAGGACUCUCGCCGAGCAAAUAAUUGUUGAGCACAUUCUCCCGUUCCCCUCCCCCCCAACGCCGUCGUCCUCGAAGAACAUCGACGUAGACGAAGCUGCGUGGGUGGAUCGGCUUCUCACAACCAUGAAGUACCUGGAUACCUCUGCUAUCAACGCUCUAUUGGCUAUGUCUGGUUUGAAGCUUCCGCGUCCUAGCCCAUACGAUAGAUACGUACAAUGCUGCAUCGAAUACAAUGGAGGAAUCAUCGAUGAAAACGAGGACGCGGUGACUGCCAGGUUGAAUGCUACUAUCCAGCGGAUAGCACGUCAAUCCCACGAUCCACAGAAGGUCUCGGAAGAUCUAUAUGCAUUCGCCAAGCUGAAUGAAGGGAGGCUCUACAAGCUACUUUCCACAUGUAUGGAUCCCCAGACGGACCUGAGGGGUCUUAUUAAGGCGACCAAUGAAUUUCCCAAGCGACUCGAGCAAUCUUCCUCUUCCAUCGUUCCUACGAUGUCGUAUAUCCUCCGCCGUAGCAGCCUACGCAUCGUCAAUCAGUCAUCCAUCCCUCCGUUAAUCAGGCGUAUUCAGAAAGCUCACAAGGCCCGGGAUGACGGGGAUUUGGAUGAAGCGAGCGACUUACAGGUCUCUUCCCAACAUGCACAGGUGGUGCUGACAUACGUGUCGAAGCAUUGUCCUGUGAUCUACAAGCCCCAUGUCGCCGAGCUGACUAAAGCCACUGCGGAUGAGAAUAAUCCAUGGCUAGUCGAGGUCUGUUUGCAGGCUCUCGCAGCCGUGGCCAAGUGGGACGAGAAGCUUGCCCCGACCGAUAAACGCACUACGGAAAGAUUGACGAGGUAUGUCCGAGGGGCAAAUCAUAGGCACGCCAAAUUUGCUGCGCGGCUGUUGGCUUGCAGCAAGAACCGUGGCAAAUUAUGUGAAGAGGUCGUCACCUCUAUUUCCGACGACCUGCUACAAGAUGAUCCGGAUCAACGGCUCGCGCACGUCGCUGUCCUAGCAGAGUUUGCGUCCAGGGCUCCUGCUGUCUUUGAGCAGAAGAGCGACGUAAUCAUGGCGUUGUUACUUAAGGGAGUGCUUAUGGUACCUAUAUCUCUCGAACACAAUCAAGCAGAGAUAGAAGACGAAUGGGUAUCAGAUGAGAAUAUGACGCCGCAGCUUCGUUCGAAGCUACUUGCGAUCAAGAUAUGUCGCAACCGAUGCCUUGCGCAUGCUUCAUCCGAUUCCGCAUUAGACAUCGCUACACCGGUGCUGAAGAUGCUCGUCACCCUUCUGGAGCAUGAAGGGUCGUUCCAAGCGGACGCGGAGGAUGAUCCGCGAGUGAAGUCGCGUCUACGGUUAGCAGCCGCCACCGCUUUGCUGCAAUUGGCGUCUGUGCCGGCGUAUGCGAGUGCUAUUGCCCCGAAUUUUGUCAUGCUAGCUAUAGUUGUCCAGGACUCGUGCUUUAAAGUACGGCUGGCUUUCGUGGGCAAAAUAGUUUCAGCACUUCAGAUGCAAAAAGUGCCUUAUCGUUAUAACGUCCUUCCAUUCCUUACGGCCCUUGAUCCAGAUCCAGAAGUGAUCAGGACGGCGCGAGCUUAUGUUACUUACGCACUGCGCAGUCUCCCCGCAGCGGUCCGCUUGGAACAUUUUGAGCUACUGCUUAUCCGUUUGCUCCAUCUUCUCGCCCAUCAUCCUGACUUCGCAAACACGCACGAAUCCCUUCUCGAUAUAGCGAAGUAUAUCGAAUUUUACUUAGAUCUGGUCGCUUCGCGGGAGAAUGUUUCGCUCCUCUAUCACCUAGCUAUGAAGUCUAAGACUGUCCGCGACGCAGAUUCGUCAGGGCACAGCGAGAACCUGUACGUCGUUAGCGAGCUAGCUCAAGAGCUCAUCAAGGCUCGGGCGCACGCGCAGGCUUGGAACCUGGAGAGCUAUCCGGGGAAGAUCAAGCUGCCCUCUGAUAUCUUACGACCUCUGCCUAACGCCGAGGUCGCGAAUAAGAUUUUGAAGACUUCGUAUCUUCCUGCGGAGACGAUGGCAUGGCUGACUGAGAAAGCUCAGAAGAUUGCGGUGAAGGACAAGACCCGUGCGGUGCCUGUUGAACGGAGGCAUGUUGCGAAGCGGAAGGCAGAGCCCAAGCCCAACGGGUAUUCGAAACGACCCAAAGUCAAGAAGAGCCGCAGGGAAGUCGACUAUGAUGAUGACGACGACGAUGACGAUGACGAUGACGAUGACGAUGAGGAAGGAAAUGAGGAUUCCGGUGUAGGAUCCGACGAGGCAGACGAAGACGAGAAGAUGCCAACUGCCGAUGAGGAUGAGGCGAGCGAGAAAAAACCGGAACGAUUAGGUAGGACUGCGAGGACGAAGGCAAAUGCCAAGAUUAGACAACAGACAAAGAGGCAGAAAAGGACGAGUGGCAGAGGUGCCUCUUCAGAUGAGUAGGGUCGAUCUGAUUGUAUGAAGGAAUCUAUCCGAGGAUGUGCGUGCAUGUUAUUUUAUCUUUAUCAUGUCUAGUUCUGCUUUUAUCUGUUGUCCAUCCUGUUGCAUGUUAUCUGUCCUUUGCAACACUACGAUCCGUACUUCGUCUGUACAGGAUACCCUGCGCAAUCCAUUGGCUGCUGUUGGUGGAAUGUAUGGUUUUGUCAUCGG